AUGUUGUUAUCAACCCUCAUAAGCGCGACUAGCCUUGCAGUCCUCGUUGGGCCAAGUCAGGCAGUUGCUUCCCAUGAUUCAUUAUCUUCCAAUCAAGCUUCGGUCGAAUUUUCCGAAGAGAAUCAAAUCCUUUUUGGUCAUUAUCAAACCAUAACUCACCUUUUGAGCAAUCUUCAUGGAAGAAUCGGCAUUAAUGAUGACGCCACAACAAACUUUCAACUUGGUAGACAAGAGUCACAUGAUAUCGACCCUAAGGACCUCAAACUCGUACCAGUACAUGAUCUCGACCAAUAUAACGAGGCCGAUUGGGUAAGAAUCAAUGAACAAGAGAUCGUUUUGCAGUGUGGGAGUGUCAAUACUAUGAAUACUGGAGAAGAUUGGGCCCUUAUGCAACGCUGCACCAAUGAAGAAGUUGCUAUUCGUCGAUUGAUGGCCACCUUCAAUGAUGAAGGUCAUGAAUUUGUUGUGUCAAUCCCUGUCCUUAAAAAUGCAUCUACAACCCGCGAAGGCACCUACCGAUGCAUCAAAGAUUCUUGUCCAAAAGGUCCAUUGGCACUUGCGACUCCUACCUCCGCAGCAAUAAUUUCAAACCGCGGAGUUGCUGCAUCACCCAUUCGUGAUAUUUUCGGACAGCCGACUGUAAAAGAGUGUGGUAGUGGUCUCCAAAACCCGACUGAGACUGCAUCACAGACUAGCGACCAUCCCCAGGCGCAGAUUACACCACAAGCUGAUAGCGUCAAAAAAUCGACAACUCUUAUGACCAUGACACGUGCUUCGAAUUUAGGAGAUUUAUCUCCAAAAUCUCCAACCGAAAACGAAGUUAUCUACGCACCAACCAAACAACUUCCAGAGCCUGAAGACCUACCAGCUGGCCGUUGGCUGGCCAAAAGAAAAGAAGAUCCGUACAUCACCCUUCCGAGACCCGAGUGCGUUCCUCCACCAGAUGAUUUCACCUUGUCGGGAAAGAUCAAAACCGUCAGCCGCAAUGCACGCAAGACUAGAUAUACCACUUAUGAAUACUGGGGUUAUACUUCGACUGCAAUUAUCCCCCCUGAUCCUAAUCGCCCGCCACCACUGCCAUCUGUUAUUUAUCCAACUUGGGUAACAAAUUCAUUUUUCCAAACAUGGUCUUGCCGCAAAGUUUGGAUGCAAUAUUUCAACAUGGAUUAUGUUCGGAAGAGGGAUAUUGUAGAGAGAGUUUUGGGGGACUUGCAAGUUGCUGCUCGUAAGUAA